AUGACUAAGACCUAUAAGGAAGCUGUGGCAAAAGCAGUUCUAAAGAGGGGACCAGUUAAUGCAGAAGUUAAAAAGAAGAGAAGUCUUGUUGGAGAACGAUCUGAUAUUUCUACACCUUCACAUAAACAAACUGAAUUAUCAAGACCUGUAACACCUUCUAUAGAAACUUCCAUAGUCUCUAGGUCUGUUCUCUUCUCUUAUUCUCUCAAAAUGCAAAA